CGUUACAAAGAUUGCUGAUGAGUGAGGGGGAUUAGAUGCGAAAGAAAGAUACCAGUGAAAAGAAACAUAAACAAAUAGAGAGAGAGUAGCAUGGUGAUACUGACAAAAACAGACGAUAGGGAACUUGAGAGAAUAUGUUUAGGAGAUGAGUGAAAGUAAGGAAAAUAUGUAGAAUCUUUUAGAGAGUGAGUGAAGAGAAACGAAAUUUACUCAUGUAUUGAGAGGGUGAGAAAGGAAGUAUUAAUAGAAAGCGAGAGAUGGCCGAGGAUUUUAGUAAACAUACUUUGUUACCAGGACGUUUAAAGUCGUUGUUCCUAGGACAUCUUUGCUCCUUCAGUUUGGAGGAUUAAACAAACAACGUAAGAACAGUGAGACGUCGAUUGACUAAGAUAAACACUGAAUAUUGAUUUUUAAAGAACUUUCCAAAACAAGAAUCUCAAGCAGAAAUUACCAUCCAUUCAAGAAUACUUUACAGAGACAUCAUUCCUUUCAUUGGCUCCUCAUCCAGUUCUACAACUAGAUCUGACUGGGAACAUUUCUGGAUCCUUUUCAAAUAUUUCAGCUUUCCCAUGACAUAAGUGUAAUGGCAUUUAGUAGUUUUGUCUACAAACCACUGUGAAACAUUACACCCUGCAACAAAGUACCAGUGGCACUGUUUUGGGGGAUGGUAUUCAAAUACAACUGUUGUUGACCAGUGUUGAUUUUUUACAUUCCUCAAGAACAUUAUAGGACCAGUAUUGUACACUGCAAUCCAUCUCUUACACAUCCCUAUAUUGCAAUUUGAUGCAUUUCUACAACUUGUUAUAAUACAUCCAACAACUCGCUCCCUUAGAUCUGUUUAUUAUGUAUACAGAUAUACACACAUACAGUACAAAAAAUUUAUAUAUACAUAUAUAUUAAAUAUAUAAAAUCAUAAAGGAAAAAAAUCCAAGUUAUUGAUCUGAUGGUCCACUUGUGUAAAUCCCUAUCCAAAUUCAAGUAAUAAUAUCAACCAUCCCUCUCCAGUCUAUCCAUGCACCUCACCUUUUGAAAACUUGUAGGAUUGGAACAUGAAAGCAUACAAUAUUGAACCAGAUGGUUUUACUGCCCACUGUGACAUUGUAUUUCCACACGAACUACCAUAGCUCUUGUUUGAAUAAGAGACAUUGGCAUUUGUCACAUUGGCUUAACAGUGUUCUUUGGAAUACUAGAUAUUAACGAAAGAUAUCAACUUCAACUUAUAUAACAUAUGCACACUCACACACACACAUAUGACAUCUAUCUAUAUAAAUUGUAUAUAUAGCAUAUAAAUAAGCACAUAAGUGUGUGUGGGUACGUGCACGUAUACAUUUGUUAUUUUACAUGUUUAAGUUGAUUUAUGAAAAUCUCUCUGAAGUAUCACUUGAUUAUAAGAAUUUAUAAGAAGAGAAAAAGGAAGAAAUAUUAGUAGCAGAAUAAAAAUUCUUGCUUUUCUUUGUCCCCUGCCACUCACACAUUUCUUCAGUUUUUUCCUGCAUCCUCCUUUUGCAUUUUCUCACUUGUGUCCUGACUUCUCCUUUCCCAUAUUUCCUCACUCAAUUCUCCACCCACUCCCUCCAAAUAUGGAACAACAUCAAUCCAGUCUCAAUUCCCACCUGGCACAAUUUUGUGCCACAUUCAACUUUUGUUUUUAUGAAGUGAUGAACUGAAGAGAGCCUGUUGAUAAAAUGUUAGAUCUGAAUGGUCAUCCUUUUCUUUUAUUUGUCAGUCCCUGACCCUAAUUAAGCAGCAGGACAACCAGCCUCUUUUGUCCUCCAUCUCUACCCUACCCUCUCAAAACACUCCCUACUUUACUUAAAACCUCUCCUUAAAACUGCUUUUGAGAUGGGAUCUGGCAUUCCUUUAUUGAAUGAGUAUAAGCAGGACUUUUUUUUGAAGAGGUUGCCCCAAACAAUAUUGGGCGGCCCUAAGCUGCGACUUGGCUAUGAUGCUCCGACAUAUGUGUAUCUGUCACAGAUAUGUUUCUUUAUCUGCCCAUGCAUCCUUGCUGCGAUGUUCACAACACUUGUCGAGCUCUACCUCCUUCAAUCGGAAGUGGCAGCCUACAUCUUUGGUGCUAUCAUGUCCAUCUUUGUCAUCUCUGUGCAAGUUCUGUCUACAUUGUGCCAGCAGUCACAGAAGUCAAGUGAGGCUGUUGUCACCAAGAAGCACUGUGCGUUUUCUGAGGACGAUGAGGUGGAAUUUACAGCCUGCUGUGCCCCUGAGACACUGGAGUUUAUUGUGCCAGUGAAGAAGUAUAGAGUCAACAUCCUGAUCCAUUCUGUGAUAUCAGGCGUGAUGUGUGGCUUGGCACUACUUGCCUUGCUGCCUGUGUCAAACAUCAAGCCCCUCUACAACAGUGAUGUUGCUGCAGUUCUGCUCUUCUUGUUUGGCUGGUUAUCUGUGUGUAUUGCACAGUAUUCACUGACUGUUGGUGCACCACCAGAGCCAGCAACAUUCCGGACAAUGGACACCUAUGAAAUAUCUCAUCUGAUGCGGCCGACCUAUGUCUUCAUAUGUGUCAUUGUGGAUGCUAUUCAAAGACAAUAUCCCUCAUCUUAUGACCUCCUGAUUGCUAAUCAGGUACUUCACAUUUUCAUGGCUUGCUUACCAAUAUGUUGGACAUUUGGCAUGUUACCACCGAUAGAUGCUGGCCUCCUAUGGCUAGUAGAACAAAGCCAUAUAUUCCUCUUAGGUGGAUCUCCAAUGGCUUCAAAUCUCAGGUCAUGUUUGAUGCUAGCUCUGUCUGUCUGUAUCUAUCUGGUAGUACUCUAUAUGCCCGUCAUGCUGGGUUCUAACAACAAUAUCCACAACAACAACAAAGCGACCCUCAUGAAAGACAAAGUCACACUUGUUGCAUCAAAUGGAGCUCAAGGUGGUGGUGGUUGUGGUUUUGGUGGCGGUAGUGGUGGCAGCAUUGGUAGUUGUGGUGGAGGUAGUGGUGGUAGUAGUAAUGGUAGCAUGGUCAGCUGUGGCAGUAGAGGUAGUGGAAAUGAUAGCUGGAUCAACGGUUACAGUAAGGGUUUCAUGUGGAGCUGGGGUUAUCGAGAGGUGCUGUACCACACAUUAAUGACCUUAUGUGUCAGCCUCGAGUCUGGAGUACUCUAUUUCUUUGACUAUGCACUAAGUACCGAGCUAGCCUGGUACUCACUUGGCUACAUCACUGUUGGCUUUUGCAUUGUAGAAAAGGUACUGCAGGACAUCCAGAGAGUGUACAUUGUGUUUGGGCUGUGGCGUAACCCUCUCUAUCCACAUACUGUACACCGUGUCAGUGUUUACCAACGACGUAAAAACAUCCUCAAAGUUUUUGGUUUCCUGAGGAAGUGCAUCAUAAAAUGGGCUGGACCCAUGGUUAUGAUUGCAUAUUUGAUAGUAUGUUUGAAACCUGUACAGUCCUCUAUACCUCUUAUAGACCAGAUGAACAAUACACGGCUUAUAUGGUGGUCUCUAGGCAUCAUGCGCAGCUUCAGAUGGGUGUGGCAGAGCACAGUGCAUUCUCUAUUUGAAGUUUCUCUCUGCCAUUUUUUUAUCCUCAUGAAACCAGUUGAUAUCUGGCUGUUAAAGAGGCAGUUUGCACCUCUGCUGCUCCUUGGCCUCAGCCUUGUACGAGAUCGAUUCAUUCAGUUCAUCAACAAGGUCUUCUUCUUUCUCACCAUCCUCAUCACUUCACUGACUGACCGAAAACUGAGACGACAAGGAACGGGCACCAUAUUCUGCCUCUCCAUCCUCUUCCUGCCGGUCGUAUUGCUACUGAUAGCUGUUACCACGGUGAUAAGUGCACCACUGCUGCCACUCUUCACUCUGCCGCUUCUCUUCAUUGGUUUCCCGAGACCAAUCAAGUUUUGGCCAGCUUCAGUAGGCAGUUCAGCUAACAUCUGUCCUGACUCUAUCUACUACCGCCAGUUUGCAAUGGCCCUUGUUCGCAGCCUGCACAGUGCCUUCACAUCAGGAUCCUUAGGUGAUCCAAACCCAGGGAAUUUUUAUUUGGUACGUUUCCAAGACCGUCUUGCCUGGAUCAGUGUGUUGGAACAAGGCAGUAGCCACGUGUCAAUCAGUGUGAAGGGACUUGAACUUCAGGAGACUACGUGCCACACAGUUGAGGCGACACACAUCGACACACACUUUGAGAGUACGUUUGAACCCCACCUGCACGGCAGCACAGUAUCAUCAGCAUUCAGUUGGAAUUCCUUCAACAAGUACCCAUUCCACACGCUUACACCUUAUGAUGCGUUCCCGGUACAGACCUACUCUGAUGCACGCAGUGUUCUCAUUGGGGUGAUUGACUCACCCAACAGCCUGUUGAUUGCAAAAUCCUACUUUCUUAAGAGUUUUGUUUGGUUACUGCUUCACCAUGUGUUUAAAGUGAAAGAGAAGAAGGAGGAAGGACAGAUGCCCUUUAUGGAAAAAAUGCCCCAAAUUAUUGACAUUCCUGGGGAGAAGUCUGAGAAAAUAUCCAUGGCUGAUCACGACCUUUUUGCUGUGGGUAACAGUUUCCGAAUAGAUGCCAGCCAGGCUUCAUCACGUCCCUCUACAGCUGACUCCUCCAUUGCAGCCAAUGCAGCUGCUGCACAACGGCGCAAGUUAUCGUGGGCGUCGUCUGUUGCCAGCUUCACGGACAGCGUCUGGUCUGAGGACCGGGACACCCUGGACAACCGAAAGAAAGCCCCGAUGACUGUGCUGAAGAAGGACCAGAUCUCACCCAUCACCAUAAUUGUCCAACCUCGGGCCAAACCAGAGAUCACUGAGGAGUCGGAAGAUGAUGAUCUGUUUGUUGAACCGUCUGUGUUUGGUUUACCAGUUACUGAUAUCAACAGUAUUUCACCACAGCCAUGUUACUCCAAGAACCAACAGAAGAAGCUACACUCCAACGGCAGCAGCAGCAUCUACCGUCCCCUGACCAGCCUUGCUGGCUCCCCAGACUUCAAAUGCAUCUACUCGUCACAGUUGAGCCUCCCAGUUAAAUGGCGUGAGUUACCAAUUGAGCCAACCUGGCUCCUUAAACUCCAGGAUAGCUUCCCACGUGACUGGUACACCUAUGUGCUGGGGCAGCUUGCCUGGAGCGCAACUGACCAAAUGCCCGUUGAACAUGUGAUCUCUGAAGUGGCAGCCGACACUUUGUUAAUGAAUAGUUAUUCUCAGCUUACCAUGGCCUGUUCAUCAGUAUUUGAGUCACAAGAUGUCCACUCACCUGCCAGCUACCUUUAUAAAUAUUACAUUGGUAAUAUACCCUGGAAUGCUAUGUGGGACUGGUUAGCUGAAAACAAAGACUUACAGACGAUCGUAUUGAAAGCUUUUAGAUAUGGUUUUAAAUUAAUGAUGGACGAGGUACUGAUGAACCCAAUCACCAGCCAUGAAGAACUGAAAGAAUUCCUUGAGGACUAUGACCAAAAUUGGUUUAUUGGCUUGGAGUCAGAUCCUGACUGGAGCCGAGCUAUUUUGGCAGGAAAACCACAUCUGUUUUCCCUAGGGCACAACACCUCACAGGCAACAUACACCAGCCGAGUGUUGACCUUACAGGAUGUCAUGAUACAGGUGGGUCACCUGAACCCAGAAGUCGUACGUGGUCAAUGGGCCAAUCUCAGCCUUGAACUCCUCUAUUUCACCAAUGAUGAUGAGGAGCGUUACAGCAUCCAAGCCCAUCCGACCAUUCUUCGCAAUCUCACCGUCCAGGCCGCUGAUCCACCUCUUGGCUACCCAAUCUUUGCUUCAGAUCCGAUAUCCAUACCAAUCCUUUGAAGAUCUCCUGAUCUGUUACAAAAGACAAAUUAAAGAACAAAAAAAAAAUAUAUUUAAAACAAUAGUACAUAACAAAAAAUUUAAAUAAUACAAACAAAAUACUCCAGAAAUAAUAAUAGUAAUUAUUAUUAUUAUUAUUAUUAUUAUUACAAUGAUAUAAUAACAAUAAUAUAUUAAUUUAAAAACAAAAGACAUCUGAUUUGGUACAAAGCCAAUUUUAUACUGUAGAAAAUACAGUCAAUUGAAUUUAUCCCCUCAGUGAAUUUGGUGGUAUUUAAUUGGUUGAUGACAUACAAAGCCAACUCUGAUGGGGAUUGGAUUCAGAACAGUGAGGCAUCGAAAUGGAUACCAUAAACCGUUGGUGAGGGGUGGGGGAGAGCAUCUGUCUACUAUUUCUGACAUCACCACCACCAUUCUGUAAUAUUAGUAAUAACCAAGUAAAAUCAAAAAGAAAUGUGCUGAAAAUUAUGGUUGAAUGCCGACUAUAUAUAUAUAUAUAUAUCAGUUGCAACUUUAAAUGACGCACACACAGAACACUUUCUUCCUACACUACUAUGAAAGCUGGUGUUUUUUUUUGUUUUUUCACCUAAACAGAUAUGGCCUAAUCUUAUGCUGGUCAGAUGUAAGUGUAACAUAAGACAGAUGAACAGGUCAUUUGUUUUUUGUUUUUUUUUAACAGAACAGUGUAUGUGUGUGUGUAUAAAACAAAACAAGAAAGUUUGUUCAUAAAUUUCAUGUAUUGAUGUGUGUGUGUGUGUGUAUAUAUAUAUAUAUAUAUAUAUAUAUAUAUGAUGAUAUGAUGAUAUGAUGUAUAAACUGUUAUUUUUUAAUGCUGGUACAAUAUUGGGGUUUAGUUGUCUUUUCCUUGUCAAGUGUACUUAUGUGUGUGUGUGUAUACACACACAUCUGGUCAUACACAAACUGUCCUUUUGUUGUGAACACAACUAUUGAAUUUUUUUGCCUACAUAGAUGUGUAUAUUUCAUAUGUAUGCAGGAUUUUAUUCCCAGAUAUAUGUGUAUGUGCAAGUCUAUAUAUGUAUGUUUAUGUUUGUUUAAAUAUAUACACAUAGGGAACAGUAAGUAGGUUGUACUCAAGAGAGAGAAAGCAAAAGUGUGCGAGAGAGAAUUCAAUACACGUUAUUUGUAGAGUGUUAUUGCAAGAAUUGGAAGUUCCUAUUCUUUGUGAAGAAAUAUUUGGACUGAUGACACACACACACACACAUACAUACUUAAGUGUGUGUUUGUGUGUGACAUUCAAUCAGUUUUUCCUCACAGUGGUGUCUUUUUGUUUUGUUCAUUUUUGAAAUGUGGACAGCUGUAUAUAAUAUAUGAUACAGAAGUAUGUUUCCCAUCCAUUAAUACAAUGGUUGUUUUAUUUAGACAGUUGCAUAGUUCUUUGUGUGUAUAUGUACUUGUGUGUCUGUGUGCAUGUGUGUAAAAUGAUUGAUUGAUUAGUUUAUACAUUGGACCACUACCAGUUCCUGAGUUAUAAGUUCAUAUCCCAUAUAAACAUUUUAUUGUGUCUCUUGAUAUAUCACUUAAUUUGACACACUUCAGUUCAUAUUAUUGUGGGUAGGUUGAGAAAGUUAGAGACCAAUUCUUCUGAGAAUUCUACCUCUGGUAAAACAGAUUCCUAUCCAGAAGUUUUAUUUCACAUCAGUUUUAUUGACCUCUGGCUCAUAGAGGUAUUAUUUUUUUUUUACAAUGCAUGUGUGUGUGUGUAAAUGUGAUUGUAAUUGUGGAUAUAUCUAUUCAUAUUUUCAUAUGUGCAUGUGUAAUGUGGCUUAUGCAUCCAUUACACAGAUUAUAAUUUUCUGCCUGUGCUCUUGUUGUAUAGCCCCACUCAGCUGUGACCAAAUUAACUGAUGGCUGAAAUAAAGCCAUUUGAACACUUCAUGUUAACCCAACUAAUACUGUGAAAACUUUAACCACAAAAUCACAGUGGAAUUUAUAAUGAAAUUUUAUGAAAACUGCAGCAAUUUAAAAUAAAAUACAAUUGACACUUGAACAGGAAUUGAACACAAAAUACUAAUAUAACUAUCUUUUCAUUAACCUUUAACAUGCUUGGACACAUCAUGGCACCAUAUGAAUUUUCUCCCCUGUAGCUGCAGGUGCAUUAUGUUUCAUCGAGAGGGAAGAAAACUCAUAUGGCGACGUGUUGCAUCUACAGUGUGCUAAAGUUUAAUUAUAUAGUGGAAACAGACCAGUGUCCUUUCAAUGAUACAUUGGCUUAUAUUUUUAAAUACAUGUUAAAUAUUGAUAAAAAUCUCAGGCAUCAAUUAGCUUUUCCACUACAUCACUCCCUCACUUUUAUUAAUAGGUAGGUUCCCAUAUGAUACAUAAUCCCAGCAUUGAGAAAACAUUAAGAGUGUGCUUAAUAAGAAAUUUAGCAACAUAGUUUACUGGUUAAUAUGAAGGUAGAGCAUUUUGUUAAGCUGAUUUUGCCUGAAACUUAAAAGACAUGUGUCUGUGGAAUGUUCAACCUCUUAGAUACUAAUUCAGUUGAUCAAACAACUGAAUCCUCCUUGUCAAAACCAUUUACUUUACUGUUGGAUGGACUAUCAACUAGCUCAAGUCAUGAGUUAAAAUUUUCUGCAGAUUUUACUCUGAAUUGCUGGAACAAAUAUUUAACUUCAUACAUGCCUCAUGAAACAAGUAUUAGGUUUUCUGAGCAUGCUACCUGUGAUAAACUGUUAGCCUACAUCAGUGCUGGAGAGAUAUAUAUCUUCUCUCACAUGCUUAAUGCUGCAGAUCAGUCUUUAAGUAAAUAUUAGUCUUUAUGAAUUCCUGUGGAACAUGGUGAUCAAUUUUUCAAAGGUUGGUUUAUUUACAUAGAAGCUCCCUUGUUGGGUGUGAAUAUGUUGUGUUAGUAUUGUACACAGUGAUGAUUUGAAUUGUGUGAGAGAAAAUUUGGUUGGUCUAUAAAUAAAAGCUCUCCCUCCCUCCCUCAGAAAUUAUAUCCUUUGAGAUACAAGCAUUGGGAAGUGGUGGAUGUUUUGAUACUUAAGAGAAUGUAGAUACCUAAUUAAGGAAUGGUUGUUUUUUUUAUAUCAACAAGUUAACUGAAGUCAUAUAAGCUCUCUCUUUUUCUCUCAUCAUUGGAUCUUGUCCUGUGAAUAAAAGAUUUGUAAAAUUUGGUCUCAGCAUGAGUAGAGACUGUUGGGAGUGGGUUGUUUUUAAUAUUUUUGUAUGUGAGGGAAGGUGUGACUGUGUUGUCUUGACAGAUUCAGUGACUUGACAAAGAUGCUUCCUCCUCAUCUAAUAUGCUUGCAUUCACUGCAGUCAGGUAGGUGCUUUGGCUACUACUUCAUCUAACACUGCUCAACAAGUGCCCAUCCAGCAAUUGACUGAUAUAUCUUUGUCUAUAUAUAUAAUUCCAAACAAGAAAAUAACCUUUUCCCUUAAAUUGAGUUGAAGAGUUGUUCUUCACUGAACAGGAAAACUGUUUACUCAUUGCAACAAGAAUACAAAAGUUAAAAAGAACAAACUCUUUAGCAGUAUAAAUUCAAAUAAAGUUUAUCAAAAUUC